AGCAACGGAGAACAAGAAGACAAGCUGAUGAUAUGGCUGGUUAAGAUUUCCUCUUGGCCUUCUCUCUUCUCUUUCUACCUUUCUUUUUCUCUCACUGCCGCUAAAAGGAGUGAAAAAGCAAAAGAGUAUAUUCAAAUCAAAGUGGUGGUUUGAAAAAGGUGAGCGAUGGGUUUUCCUUCGCUGGGGUUUGCGCUGCCCUCCCCGAAGACGCCUCUCUCCUCUACUUCUCACUCCUCCGUCGGUCCACGAGGCACAUCUCAAAGCCGUAGUUCCAUCUAUCAAUCAACUGAUUCCUUUUGCUGUAGAAGAUGGUCCCUUGGCAGAACUCGUCCAUCCAGCAGAUUUCUAUCCUUGAGUCCGUUGCUGUCUUGUGGAUUUAUGAGAAAACAAGAAGACACAAGCUCAUUGGAAAAUGAAGGUCACAAUGACCUAUUUAUGUUUGGGUCUGAUGAGGUGGUUGGCCCCCAAGUUCCUACACAAGCUCAAUCAGUUGUUGAAGGUUCAGGCACAGUGGUUGUAUCAGAAUACAAGCCAAUUCCUGAUAUUGAUUAUUUACAGGAAUUAUUGGCCAUCCAGCAGCAAGGACCCAGAGCAAUUGGCUUCUUUGGGACACGGAAUAUGGGAUUCAUGCAUCAGCAGCUUAUUGAGAUUCUAAGUUAUGCUAUGGUGAUCACGAAAAACCAUAUCUACACGUCUGGAGCAUCAGGGACUAAUGCAGCUGUUAUAAGAGGCGCUCUGAGAGCAGAAAAACCAGAGCUGCUUACUGUUAUACUACCACAGUCUCUCAAGAAGCAACCUCCAGAGAGCCAGGAAUUGCUGGCGAAGGUCAAAAACUUGUUUGAAAAGCCCGAGAAUGAUCAUCUGCCAUUACUCGAAGCUAGCAGGUUGUGCAAUAAUGACAUCCUCUCACAUGUACAGCAAGUUAUAUGCUUUGCAUUUCAUGAUAGUAAAUUGCUCAUGGAGACUUGCCAGGAAGCAAAGAACCUCAGAAAAAUCGUUACUCUAUUCUACUUGGAUUGACUGCUACAUUCAGAAGCAUCAAAAGCUUCGUCAUUUUUGGUUACAGGUUCUUUUCAUCCCUGCUGUUUUCUUAUUUUCAUUCAACAUCUUUAUCAAAAAGAGAUGUUCUUCCUGCAAUGUAGUUCUAUUUUAUUGCUUGAUUCUUGAAUAAGGUAGUGUAAGGACGAGAAUUCUUAGUAUUUAUGGAAUUGUUUUUUCUUCAAAGAACUGUGCACAGUGUAUUUAUGGAAUUGUUUUAUUUAUUUAUUUCUUAGGAAGUAGUAGGACAUAAUUUAGUGUAUC